CCGAGACUACCAACGCCGUAGAACGGCGGGUGCUGCGAGGGCCGGGAAGAUGGCGGUGCUGGCACCUUUGAUUGCGCUUGUGUAUUCGGUGCCUCGACUUUCGCGAUGGCUGGCCCAACCGUACUUCCUCCUGUCAGCGCUGCUCUCUGCUUCCUUCCUGCUCGUGAGAAAGGUGCCCCCGCUCUGCAGCAGUCUCCCCACGCAACGCGAAGACGGCAACCCGUGUGACUUUGACUGGAGGGAAGUAGAGAUCCUGAUGUUUCUCAGUGCCAUUGUGAUGAUGAAGAACCGCAGAGCCAUCACCGUGGACCAGCACAUCGGCAACAUCUUCAUGUUCAGCAAAGUGGCCAACGCGAUUCUUUUCUUCCGCCUGGACAUUCGCAUGGGCCUCCUUUAUAUCACCCUCUGCAUCGUGUUUCUGAUGACCUGCAAGCCCCCACUGUAUAUGGGCCCUGAGUACAUCAAGUACUUCAAUGACAAGACCAUUGAUGAGGAGCUGGAGCGGGACAAGAGGGUCACCUGGAUUGUGGAGUUCUUUGCCAAUUGGUCGAAUGACUGCCAGUCCUUUGCUCCUAUUUACUCUGACCUCUCUCUCAAGUACAACUGCACAGGGCUCAGUUUUGGGAAGGUGGAUGUUGGCCGUUAUACUGAUGUUAGCAAACGGUACAAAGUGAGCACUUCGCCUCUCACCAAGCAGCUGCCUACCUUGAUCCUGUUCCAGGGUGGCAAAGAGGUCAUGCGGCGACCCCAGAUUGACAAGAAAGGACGAGCAGUCUCUUGGACUUUCUCCGAGGAGAAUGUGAUCCGAGAAUUCAACUUGAAUGAGCUGUAUCAGCGAGCCAAGAAGCUAUCAAAGACUGGAGAUAGUAUUCCCGAGGAGCAGCCGGUGACCCCAACUCCAGCAGCAGAUGGGGAAAGCAAGAAGGACAAAUAAGGCCUUGACAGUGCUUUCUGUCAGGCCCAGGCACCUCGGAGGCCCUUGCCCCUUUCAGUAACCACAAGCCCUGUCUGAGGCCUUGGUGUGUUUUAUUUAUAUUUUCCCUGUUUGUGCCUAGUAAGGGGCAGAGUGCUGCUUCUGAUUUUAAAGAGGCAUGUAGGGGGUUGUCAAGCACCCUCCUGGAAGGUUCCACUGCUGCUGCCAAAUAUUUGGAGGAAGGGAGGGAUCUCCUAUGAUGGAAAAGGAAAUGCUUUUCCUCCAAGCUUGGGUCAGCCUGUCUGUCACCUGCUGUCCAUCACUCACGUGUUCACUGUUAAUGUGCUUUCAUUAAUCAUUAGUGGGUACUAAGUGGAUACCAGCCUGCUUAGAUUAGAUUCAAGCCUAAUUAAUACGAGAUGCUAGAAGCAGAGUCAGCACUACAAUUUGUACCCCCUCCAGGAUGAGUUGCUUCUUUGGGUACGGCUUGAUCAGUAGCCUUCCUCAAAAAGUAGAAACCUGACUUGGUUGGUCACUGGUCCCUGGGCCGAAACCCGAUUUUCAACACCCCUCCCCCUAAUCCCUCCCUGGUUUUAAGGAGACUGAGAGGAAGGGGACUAGAGGUUUGAGAUACUCCUUUGUGUGGUGAUGCCAGGGGCUGAGAACCCUGGGGCAGGAAUGGGGUUUCCGUUUGCACCCCCCCCCUCCAUACACUCACACACACCUCCUCGGCGGUUUUCCGUAAUAAAGAGACUGGGUUUUCCUUUUGA